AUGGAACUCCAACCUUCCUCCUUAUUCCCAAUCCUUGUAUGUUUCGUCUUCUUUAUUUUCAUGGCGAUGACAAUAGGGAAAAGAUCCAAAUCGACCUCAAACCUACCUCCCGGGCCAUGGAUGCUACCUCUUGUAGGGAACCUUCACCAAAUGGUUGGCUCUCUACCCCACCAUGCUCUACGCGAUUUGGCAAAGAAGUAUGGACCAUUUGUGUAUCUACAACUUGGACAAGUUCCUACUAUUGUUGUUUCUUCGGCAGAGUACGCAAAAGAAGUAAUGAAAACACAUGACAUUAAGUUUGCCACAAGACCUUAUAGUCUUGCCACAAAUAUCAUAUUCUAUAACUUUAAAGAUGUUGCAUUCGCGCCAUAUGGAGAUUACUGGAGACAGAUGCGUAAAAUCUGCACAAUAGAGGUCUUUAGUGGAAGAAGGGUUCAAGCGACACGACCAAUAAGAGAAGAAGAGACAUUGGAGUUCAUUAAAUCCAUUUCUCUUAAGGCGAGGUCAAAAGUUAACCUCAGCGAGAUGUUAACUUGUUUAUCGUUUGCAAUAACAUUGAAGGCAUCAUUUGGUGGGAAUAGUGAGAGGCAUGGAGCAUUUCUUCCACUUGUAAGAGAAGUAAUCGAGGUUAUCGCAGGUUUCAGCCUAGCUGAUAUUUUCCCAUCCAUAAAGUUCUUUCAUAUGAUCAGUGGGAUGAGGACUCGACUUGAGAAUUUGCAUCAUGAAAUUGAUCAGAUACUUGAAAACCUAAUCAAUGAACAUAGACUUAACAGGUCAAGAAUCGAUUCUAGUGAUGCUGAUAAUUUUUUAGACAUUCUCUUGAAUCUUCAGGAACACGGAGAUUUCACCUUUACAACAGACAACAUCAAAGCAGUUGUAUUGGACAUUUUCCUUGCUGGGACUGAAACAUCGUCUACAACUAUAGAAUGGGCAAUGUCAGAACUACUAAAGAAUCCGAGAGUGAUGGCAAAGGCUCAAGCAGAGGUGAGACAGGUCUUUGAUAAAAAAGGAUGUGUAGAUGCAGCAGGACUCAAAGAAUUAGCAUUCUUGACAGCAGUUAUCAAAGAAACUCUAAGGUUACACCCUCCAGCUCCAUUGUUAGUUCCAAGAGAAUGCAGAGAGAGAUGUCAUAUUAAUGGAUAUGAGAUACCUGAAAAGACUCAUAUUAUCAUCAAUGCAUGGGUUAUUGGAAGAGAUCCCAACUAUUGGACUGAUGCAGAGAGAUUCUAUCCAGAGAGAUUCCUCGAUAGCUCAAUUGACUACAUGGGGAAUAACUUUGAAUAUAUCCCAUUUGGUGCUGGAAGGAGGAUAUGUCCUGGGUUGUCACUUGGGAUAGCUAACACUGAGCUUCAGCUUGCGCAAUUACUAUACCAUUUUGAUUGGAAACUCCCUGAUAAUAUCAAACAAGAAGAUCUAGACAUGACUGAAAGACUUGGUCUUGCAGUUGGAAGAAAAAGUGAUUUAGUCUUAAUUCCCAUCCCUUAUAAUUCCUCUGUUGUUAAGGAAAACAAGUGAUGUUCAACUACAUUACAACAUUCUCGUUUGCUAAAACUUUACAUUUUACAUUGAGUAAGUAGUAGUCAACUCUAAUGUUUAUGUUGGAUUGUUUUUGCUUUAAGUUAGAAGUCAUGUGUUUUCUUUCAGUUUGCUUGUAUGAGAUGUCUUUGUGAAAAAAUUAUAGCUCGAAUCAAUAGAAGCUUCAUCUUUUUUUCUCAGUCACCAACAUGUCUUUAUAGUUUCUUCUUUCCUUGUGCAAGAAACUGUAUUUGCCUAUUUGGUAGUACGUACGCGUCUCUGAUUUCCUUGAGCUGCAGGUAUCAAAGUAUAAUUCAAUAUGAUCUCCUCCUGCCCCAAAGUAUGGACCAACUAGACCAUAAAAAUGCAUAAUGUUGCAGAAGCAGGCCGCCUUCAAAGGAAUCUCAUGCCUAAAUAGAUAUGAAGAUACACUAAGUUUGAUCAUUGAUCCUGCCUUUGCUGAAAUUGAUUUAAUGAAAUCUGAUACCUCUUCUUCUUCUCUAAUUGAUCCCAUAGCUUGCACUCGAUCUUCUUGCAACCAAGACCUCCAGUGUGCAAAUUUUUAACAAAAUCUGUCUCCAGUAUUCACCAUAUGGAGUGAA